AUGAAGUCCUUGGGCCUGAACCCCAGCAUCCAAGAGGUCAAGGACCUCAUCAGGGAAGUCGACCCCAACGGUGACGGCGACAUCGAUUUCAACGAAUUCCUCCAGCUCAUGAGCGAGGCCCCCGCGCCGUCAAGCAAGGACAGCGACACCAACAAGGAACUCGUCGCCGCUUUCAAGGUGUUCGACAAGGACAACAGCGGCUCCGUAUCGCCGUCGGAGCUGCGUCAGGUGCUGCUCUCCCUCGGCCAGCGCGCCACGGACGAGGAGAUUGAGGAGAUGAUUAGACACGCCGACCUGGAUGGAAACGGCUCCAUCGACUACCAGGAAUUCGUUCAGCUCAUGGCCCCGAAGGAGGGUAAGAAGUAA